AUGUCGCUUUUAGACGGUCCGUUAAAUGUGUUCGGCCAGAGAACACGUGGCGAAUCUAUUCGUACUCAAAAUGUCAUGGCAGCGUCAUCCAUCGCCAACAUCGUCAAAAGCUCCCUCGGCCCCGUUGGUCUCGACAAGAUGUUGGUGGACGACAUCGGGGACGUGACCAUCACCAACGAUGGAGCAACCAUCCUGAAGCUGCUGGAAGUGGAGCACCCAGCUGCUAAGGUCCUGUGUGAACUGGCUGACCUGCAGGACAAGGAGGUCGGAGACGGCACCACUUCUGUGGUAAUUCUGGCUGCAGAGUUUUUGAAGAGUGCAGAUGAGCUGGUGAAGCAGAAGAUCCACCCUACAUCAGUCAUCAGUGGAUAUCGUUUGGCUUGCAAGGAGGCAGUGCGCUACAUCAACGAGAAUCUUACCAUUGCAACAGAUGACCUGGGCCGGGAGUGUCUAAUCAAUGCAGCCAAGACAUCCAUGUCCUCUAAAAUCAUUGGAGUUGAUUCAGAUUUUUUUGCUAACAUUGUUGUGGAUGCUGCCUUGGCUGUGAAGUUUGUGGACAAUAAGGGCGUGGCCAAAUACCCCAUCAACUCUGUCAAUGUGCUGAAAGCCCACGGACGCAGUCAGAAGGAAAGCUUCCUGGUGAAUGGAUAUGCACUGAACUGCACUGUCGGAUCUCAAGGCAUGGUAAAGCGCAUCCUUAAUGCCAAGAUUGCUUGCCUGGACUUCAGUCUGCAGAAGACCAAAAUGAAGAUGGGAGUCCAAGUCCUUAUCAGUGACCCAGAGAAGCUUGACCAAAUCAGACAAAGGGAAUCAGACAUCACCAAGGAGAGGAUCCAGAAGAUUUUGGCAGCUGGUGCCAAUGUGAUUCUGACCACUGGUGGCAUUGACGACAUGUGUCUGAAGUACUUUGUGGAUGUGGGAGCAAUGGCAGUCAGAAGAGUUCUUAAGAAGGACCUGAAACGCAUCGCCAAGGCUGCAGGAGCGACCAUCUGCCCAUCUUUGACCAAUCUGGAAGGAGAGGAGACGUUUGAGGCUACUAUGCUGGGCCAGGCUGAGGAAGUUGUGCAGGAACGCAUCUGUGACGAUGAGCUUAUUCUUGUGAAGAAUACCAAAGCACGCACAUCGGCUUCUAUUAUUCUGCGAGGUGCCAACGACUUCAUGUGUGACGAGAUGGAGCGUUCAAUGCACGAUGCACUCUGUGUAGUCAAGAGGGUGCUGGAGUCAAAGUCAGUCGUACCAGGUGGUGGUGCUGUGGAGGCAGCACUGUCAAUCUACCUGGAGAACUACGCAACCAGCAUGGGCUCCCGGGAGCAGUUGGCUAUCGCUGAGUUUGCUCGUUCUCUUCUCGUCAUCCCCAAAACCCUUUCAGUGAAUGCCGCACAGGAUUCUACUGACCUGGUGGCCAAGCUCCGUGCCCUCCACAAUGAGGCCCAAGUUAACCCCGAACGCAAGAAUCUCAAAUGGAUUGGUCUGGACCUUGUGAAUGGCAAGCCCAGAGACAACCGCCAGGCUGGUGUGUACGAGCCGACUAUGGUCAAGACUAAGAGCCUCAAAUUUGCCACAGAGGCCGCCAUCACCAUCCUUCGCAUCGAUGACCUCAUCAAACUGUUCCCAGAGCAGAAGGAGGGCGGCCAAUCAUACCAGGACGCUGUACAAUCAGGAAGCCUUGAAGGUUAAAGGGGUGGUAACUGGUCCCGAUAGAUUCAAACGCCUGUAUUUAUACAUGAGCUGAUCGUGGCUGUCGAUCUAGUGUAGGCUCUGCACUUUGCCUGUUUACUGUUGUCUCACUUCCACUCCCCUGGGGCUCUGCUUUCCAGAGGAGCUGUUAAGUGAUUUGUUUUUGGACACUUAAUAAUAAAGCUUCAAUGGUUGUAAAUG